AUGAUACUGUCAACACGUCUCCAGGUCCCAAGACAGCUCCCCCGUGUGGUGCGGGGCAUUUCAACCCUCCCUAACAACUCCAAUAUCAAAGUCUUCCCUCACCCAACUCAACCCUCUUCAUAUCUCCUCACAUUGCUCUCCAGAGACCCACCAACACCUUCACUCGCCAUUGGCACCACUACCGCUAUCCCACCUACCCCCAGGUCCUUCCAGCACAAUCCUAAAUUUCUCACCGUAUUGGAUGAGGUCCUCACCAAGCAUGCCAUCAACGAUCCCGGCUUGAAAGCUCAAGCUCAGGCUUUUGCCUCUCCUGGCGGAUUUACCUUCAUUCACAAUCCAGGAAAAAAGGAUAGGGGAGCUGGGGGUGGCGGUGGUGCGAGUGCCGAAGGCGGUGCUGGUGGAGCUGGAGUUGGUGGAUGGGUGCAUCUGAGCGAUGCGAGAAAUCCUCCUGAUUUUGGGAGGAUAGCUUGGCCAGAGGACAUCUUUGGAAGUGUGGAGGUGAAUGGGAAAGGUAAAAUUGUUGGCAACUACCAGCCGAGUGGGACGUACCGAAUUGUGACGAAUCAGGGAAUUCUUGGGCUGAGUCCAUUUCUUCACGAAAGGCUCCUAGCUAGGCUUCGCGAAGAAGAGAGCAAGGAGCAAAAAUAA